AUGCCUCCCCGGGUAGAAGAUUAUGAAGUGCUGUAUACCAUAGGAUCUGGAUCUUACGGAAAAUGUCAGAAAAUAAGAAGGAAGUCUGAUGGAAAGAUUUUAGUUUGGAAAGAGCUGGAUUAUGGGACCAUGGCAGAAUCUGAGAAGCAGAUGUUGGUGUCCGAGGUGAAUCUCCUGCGUGAACUCAAGCACCCCAAUAUUGUGAGAUACUACGACCGCAUCAUAGACCGAACCAACACCACGCUAUACAUUGUCAUGGAAUACUGUGAGGGUGGCGACCUCUCCAGCCUCAUCACCAGGUGCAUUAAAGAAAGGCGCUACCUGGAUGAGGAGUUCAUCCUGCGCGUUCUGGCGCAGCUGUCGCUGGCGUUGAAAGAAUGUCACCGGCGGAGCGACGGUGGGCACACGGUUCUGCACCGCGACCUCAAGCCCGCCAACAUCUUCCUCGACAUCAAGCAAAACGUCAAGCUGGGAGAUUUCGGUCUGGCCAGAAUCCUUAACCAUGACACCAGCUUCGCCAAGACAUUCGUUGGAACUCCAUACUACAUGUCUCCGGAACAAAUGAAUCGCACGUCCUACAAUGAGAAAUCAGAUAUUUGGUCCUUGGGAUGUUUAGUGUAUGAGCUCUGUGCCCUGUCGCCCCCAUUCACAGCUUAUAAUCAAAAAGAGCUGGCUGAAAAAAUCCGGGAAGGAAAAUUCAGGCGGAUUCCUUAUCGGUACUCAGAGGAGCUGAAUACACUUUUAUCCAAAAUGCUGAAUUUAAAGGACUACCUAAGGCCUUCGGUUGAGUCAAUUGUACAGAGCAGCCUAAUAGCCAAUAUGGUGGAAGAAGAGCAGAGGAAGGCCCAGUGGCGGUGCCAACGGAGGUCUGCAGAGCAAGAACGACCAAGGCCCACAGACACUGCAGCGGAGCUCAGACUGAAGGAGCAGCAGCUGCAGGAGCGAGAGAAAGCCCUGAAGGAGCGCGAGCAGAGACUAGAGCAGAGGGAGCAGGAGCUUUGUGCUCGGGAAAGGUUAUCAGACGAGAAGCUUACGAGAGCUGAGAGUUUGAUGAAGGCUUAUAACCUGAUGAAACAGCAGAAGAUCCUAACUCCGCUGUAUUCCAACGAAAUAGAUGAGACAGAGGAGAACACUUCUCCAGGGAAGAAGAAGGUUCAUUUCGCUGGUGACAGCAAGGAAAACCAGAAACCUGAGCGGCACCUAAAGGUCAAGAGUCAGGACCUGAAGAAGAGGCUCCAGGCAGCCAACAUACGUGCCCAGGCACUGAGCGAGAUGGAGAGAAACUACCAGCUCAAGAGCAGACAGAUGCUGGGCCUCCGAUGA